UUAUCCUUGUGGUGUCUAGGCAUGUCAUGUUUGGGGAUUACUAUGCGGUGGGUUUCAAGAGUGGACCAGUAAAAAUUCAAGCGUACAGUAUAAAUAAAAACAGUAUCUUGAGUGAGGGAACCAAUCCUGGUGGGUGAAUUUAAAGAUCACACCAUAAGCAGCUGAUAAGUCUAAAGGGUGCUGAGAGAUCGCCUCGCAUGCAGUCCCGUGAGUCAGUCAGAUGGCCAAAAUUGGGGGAAGAUAAGACUCAUGACGGGCCAGGCAAGAACUCCUUUAAAAGCUCAGCGCACGUCUUCUCAUACAAACAAUUGUUCUUUUUAUUAUGAAGUUGUCUCUACUCACCUCAGCUCUUUUGUUGGCUGGAUAUGCCGCCGCCGCUCCUUUCCAUACCACAUCUCCCACCCUGGCUCCUUUGUACACUAGCACAGAAACAGAUACCAUCCCAGAAUCAUAUAUUGUUGUAUUGAAGGACCAUGUUGACGAAGCAAGAGCUGCUGCCCAUUGCGGCUGGGUCAACUCUUUCCAUAAUGAUGAUGCUGUGGCUACUUCUCUCCUAGACCCAACCGUCGCAGCUGGUAUCAAGCACACGUUUAAUCUUCCCACCGUUGCUGGCUACACCGGAAAGUUCAGCGACCUCACACUUGAACGCAUUCGUUCGUCUCCUGAUGUUGCCUAUGUCGAGCGGGACUCUAUGGUCUAUGCCUCUGAGCUUCAACGAAAUGCGCCAUGGGGCUUGGCCCGUAUCUCUCACAGGGAACCUUUGAGUUUGAAAACAUUCUCAAAGUACUCAUAUGACCCAGAGGGCGGUGAAGGAGUUAAGGUUUAUGUUAUCGACACCGGUAUCAAUGUGGAGCAUGUUGACUUUAACGGUCGUGCUACAUGGGGUGCCACUAUUCCCGAUAACGAUGAGGACGAAGACGGUAAUGGGCACGGUUCUCACUGCGCUGGUACAAUUGCUGGCAAACGGUACGGCGUUGCAAAGAAGGCUAACCCAGUGGCUGUCAAGGUGCUUCGCAGUAGUGGCUCAGGUACCAUGUCUGACGUAGUCAAGGGCGUUGAUUGGUCAGUGGAACAACAUAAGCUGGAUGAGUCUAAAGCCGCCAAGGCUGGUAAGAAAUACAAGGGUGCUGUUGCCAACAUGAGUCUUGGUGGUGGCAAGUCAAGAGCUUUGGAUGCUGCCGUCGAUGGGGCUGUGGAAGAAGGCGUUUUCUUUGCCGUCGCUGCUGGUAAUGAUAACCGUGAUGCCUGUGACUACUCUCCAGCUGCAUCAGCAAAUGCUCUUACUGUGGGUGCUUCCACCGUGGAUGACGAUCGCGCGUACUUCUCAAACUACGGCAAGUGCGUUGACGUAUUUGCUCCUGGUCUCAACAUCCAAAGUAUCUACAGAGGUAGUAAAUACGCUACUGCCACUUUGAGUGGUACCUCCAUGGCAUCUCCUCAUGUUGCCGGUCUUGCAGCUUACUUCCUCAGCUUGAGUGAGGUUGAGUUGACGGCCAAGGAACUCAAGGAGAAGAUUCUCGAAUUAGCCACCGAGGGUGUGUUCGAAUCACUUCCCAAGGACACUCCAAACUUGCUCAUUUUCAAUGAUGCCACCACUGACGAGGAAGAUCAAUUGUACAAGUAAUAGAGAACCCGAACAAGUUGGCCUAAUAUUACCACAAUACUGCUACUCGUACAAGUUACCCAUAUAUAAAGAAAGAUGUUCCCAUCCUAUAAGCAAAGCCACCUUUUUCCUU